AUGCGCGCCGCGACGCCGCAGAUGCCUGUAUGCGGCGGCUGAACGCCAGAGGACCCUUUCACCCCCUUCUAGUGACUGCUGUGCGACCAGGAUAGCUAUGCGCGUCGCCGGUGGCGUUAGCAAACCAGCGCCCUCGGUGCUUUUUCCCACCCAGCUUCCAUCAUCCUCACUGUGCAUUUGAUUGCGGGAGGAGGACCACUUUCCGAUCCAGCAGUCCGUUUCCAUACCAUCCCGCGCCCAUGGAGCCUGCUGUCAACGGUGCGCCAGCGCCCAUUGCUACAAAGCCUCUCGGCCCUGAUGACUUCGUCCGCAGUCGCGAGUUGUACAGGUACUUCAACCCCGCGCAAAACCUCGUCGCCUCGCAGUCUAGCACUGCGCCAGACACCGUCUUGACCGCGUACGCCCAGCUGGUGGCAUGGCGUCUAAAUGCACAGCGGAGCCUAGUCAGCCUGAUUGAUAAGGAAAUACAAUACUUCGUGGCCGAGAGCACCAAGACGUUGAGUCUGGAGGACAGUACGCUACACGAUGACCCGGAUGAUGCGAUAUGGGCAGGAUGCAUCAAUGUCCCAAAGGCCGGCCGCCUCUGCGAACACACGUUACAAACGAUGCCCACUAGCGACGGCAGCCCCGCUUGCUUCGAAGUACUCGACCUAUCCCAAGACCCUCGAUUCUCUCAACUGCCCUUUGUCGCUGGCCCUCCACACUUCCGCUACUACGUCGGCGUUCCCAUUCGGACGAAGAAGGGUGUCAGCAUAGGAAGUCUCUUUGCGAUGGAUGUUGUGGCCCGCGGGCCUUUGGGUGUGGCAAACAAGCUGUUUCUUACUACGAUUGCCAGCAAUAUCAUGACACAUCUAGAAACUAUGAAGGAGAAAGAAGAGCGUAUCAGGGCACUAAACAUGAACACAUGUCUAGCAGUGUUUGUUGAUCCCGAGCACCAACGCAGACGGAGGAGGACGUCAUCAGGAAGUCCACCAGCAAGAGGGGCACAUCGAGGUAGUACAGUCCGGAGACCAGCAGCAGACAAUGUCUCAGUGACAUCUCUCCGGAACCCCAUGGGAUUAGAUCAAGAUAAGAGAUCGUCUCCAAAAGGCUCUCCAAGGCCAACACAUUCUCGAAGAAAGCCACAUGUAGGCGAAUCGAGUGUCUCGCCGGAAACAUCACCCCAAGAGAAUGCAAUCCCCAGACCCGGUCUACAGAAGCAUCGUCAUAAAAUCAGCCAAGAAGAAGACGGCGGAGCGGAGCAUUCUGAGUCUAAGUACUCUUCGAGGACGGAUUCCGAUACGUCUUAUAAACAAAAGGUGGUUGAGGACGACCAUUUGCGUACCUUCCGGAGAGCUGCGCAGUUACUAUAUGACUCACUCUCCCUACAAAAUGGAGGUGGGGUUGUAUUUCUUGAUACAAUGACUUCGAUGCAAAGCGAAUCAGACGACUUCGACGGCUGGAACCUGAAUGAGCAUACACGCUCAGAUGUACAGUUUCAGUACGAAGAUAAGGAAGAAGCUGGAAAUACACCUGCUGCAUUCAACCAGCCUCGUCGGCGCGGCAUGUCUGGUGUAUUAGGCGCCGCCAGAUCAUCUUCUAACGAGGUAACAAGCAACAGCAACAGCAACAGCAACGAAACGGAUGACUUCACGUCAAUUUCCCCGUUGGACCUUCAUAAACUAAUAAAACGACACCCGCGUGGCCAGCUGUUCAACUUGGACGUAGAAGGAUUCAGCGGGUCCAGUUCGUCUGGGGAUGAGCCAACCGCAUUCGAUUUGCACAUAAGUCGGAAGAGCUUUCCGUCCGAAACGGAAAGAGCUCUUCUGCUCAAGCACUUUCCAGGAAGUCGACAAGUGAUUUUCCUGCCCCUUUACGACUCCACGUCUUCAAGAUGGAGUACUUGUUUUGUGUACAACCUUUACGAUUUCCAUAACCUGACUUUAAAUCCCGACUUCCUCUACUGCAUUGCCUUCUGCAAUUGCGUGAUGACGGAAAUUGGUCGACUCGCGACUCUCGCCGCAGAUCAACAGAAGUCGGAUUUUAUUGGGUCUAUAAGCCAUGAGCUAAGAUCGCCGUUGCAUGGCAUAUUAGCUUCUAUGGAAUUUCUUCAUGAUACAGAUACCACUUCGUUCCAGAAGUCACUAGUGGAGACCGCUGACGCGUGUGCUCGAACCCUGUUGGAUACCAUCAAUAUGGUUCUUGAUUACAGUAGACUUAACGCGUUCGAGCGAAGCGCGCAAAAAGCUCGCAGAGCAGGAAAACGUGGUCAGGCACCCGCCGGGUUUGGAGGCAAUUCGAACGGGUUUCAACCUGUGCUUAACAUCUACGGGGAUGUUGAUCUGGCCGCCAUCACUGAAGAGGUCGUUGAAGGAGUUUCCACUGGUCAAAUCUUCAAAGAUAUCACUACUGUCGAGGGAGAAGAUAUACCCCUUCAUCAACGUAAAAAGAGUACGCCACUCAGGCGGCUAAGUGAGACUGGAACACCUGAAGCCGACCAAAUCACAAAACCCAAUGUCGAGACUAUCAUUAAUAUUGGAGCGCGUGCAGCCGGCUGGAGUUUUGUAACCCAACCCGGCGCGUUCCGGCGUAUCGUCAUGAAUUUGUUCGGCAAUUCACUGAAGUACACGAGCAGAGGCCACAUACUCGUCGAACUGGAUGCUGAAGACGUCCAAAAGGGCGCUAACGGCUCGCCGACAGAUGUGACUACAUGGGUAACGCUCAAGGUCUCUGACACCGGAAAAGGAAUAUCACCAGAAUACAUGAGGAAUAGGCUGUUUACGCCCUUUGCCCAAGAGAGCAGUAUGAACCCAGGUACUGGCCUAGGCCUCUCUCUUGUGAAGGGCAUCGUCAACAUGCUUCAUGGCGAGAUCACCGUCAAGUCUACUGUCGGAAUCGGGACAGCGGUAGAGAUCAAAUUACCCAUGAAUCAUACGCCAAUGAACUCAACAUCAACGCCUAGCUCAGCUGGUAGCAGUCUGGAGCGCGCAAAAGACGACAGCAUUCCAUUCUGUCGGGCAGAAGCCGUGGACAAGACGGUCGCUCUCUUCAGAAAAUCCCCGAGUAUUAAUUCCAGUGAGCAGUCCAAGGCCACCAAACUGCAAAGUCAGACCUUGGUCAACUACUUCCGGAACUGGUUCGGGUUUGUCGACGUUACUGAGUGGGUAGCUGGGUCCACAGCUCAUGUCGUUGCUGUUGACGAGACCGAUCUUGAAGCAUUGCUGAAAAUUAUCAAUAGCGCGACAAACUCCGACCCGAAACCUAUGAUAAUCGUGUUCUGUGGAAAUGCGUCUAGGCUCGCGUUAACAAGAGACUAUUCGGACGCUGGUGUAAUCAUCGAGUUCCUUUGUGUCCCAGUGGGACCACAUAAGCUCGCCCGGGCCCUCCGAGUGGAGUUUGAAGCGUACAACAGACUGGACUCGUCAGAUACCACGUGCAAGGACUCAACAUCAGAGUCCGCGGACUCCCUAGUGUCAGCGGUGGAACAUGUUACUCUCAAAACCGGGGACCGCGACACCCCAGAUAUUCAACUACUGGUAAAUGGAGGCAUCAUUGCAAACAUGGCAUCAAGCAAUGCGAAUAUGGCAUUAGGCACACCGCGCAGUGAGAAAAGCUCAACCGUGAAAGGAGAGGAGGCGUUUCCGUUUCCGUCUGACGCUCCUGCGAAUGAUCUUGGUAUCCUAGCUACGGAUUCGCUGUCGGACAUUAUCGACAGGCCUGUAUCUGCGAUUGACCAGCAACGUCCUAAUCUUGGACCUCGGAGAACCAUAUCACCUACGCGGUCAGAGCUUGCGGCUCGAGAACCUGAACCUACGCUGCCGAUGACAGGCGCUGGUGCGCUUACCAGUACACCCGACGUACCGCUCAUCACCCCUAUUCCUUCCUCAACUGCGCCACGCCCACCUCGUCUGCUCCUAGUCGACGACAACCCCGUGAACCUUCGCCUCCUCAACACCUUCAUGCGUAAGCGAAAGUACCAAAACGUCGUCUCAGCCGAAGACGGCGAGCAGGCUGUCACUGCGUACCGGACCGCCAUCUCGCGCUCCCCGCCAGAACCACCCGACAUCAUCUUCAUGGACAUCAGCAUGCCCAUACUCGAUGGGUUUGCGGCGACGCGACAAAUCCGUGAAAUUGAACGCGAGGUGGCAGCGAGCUCGGGGCCUAUGGAAACGCCGCCCCCGAGCCUAGUGAUUGCCCUUACCGGGCUGGCAUCUGGGAGGGACCAGAGCGAGGCGUUUCUUAGCGGAUUUGAUCUCUACAUGACCAAGCCGGUCAGCUUCCGAGAAGUGGGUCGGCUGUUGGAUAAUUGGCAGGGGCAUGGGGGCGCGGCUGCAGCGAAGACGCCACAUGGGAGUUUGACAGGGUCGGAGGUUUGAGUGAUUAAUGAGGGAGAAUUGGAGCUGUCUAAUUCUUCGAUAUGGGUAUGUGGUUACGAAGCUUCACGAAUGAAGAGCUGCUCUGCUAUGAGUGGCAUAUCUCGGUACUCUCGUCACGAUUAACGAGCGAUGUGGCGUUUUGGAGCUGUAGCUCUAGAUAGGGGACAGAACUAUAUGCUUGUGCAUACAGCCCCAGUUACGGUCACUAGAACUGAAAGACAAACAAAGUAGGCUCAACGCUAAUAGCUCCACAGCCUCGCUUACUUCAAACACGCAGUCUUUUGAUGAAGGUGC